AUGCCCCGACUCCUCCCACGCCUCUUCGCCUUUCCCUCCGCCGUCCUCCGCCGCCGCACCCGCCGCGCCCGCAUGGCCACCCUGAUCCUCCUCCUGCUCAUCCUACCCUUAAUCCUCGUCCUCCCCUUCUACACAAUUUACAAACCCCCCUCCUCCCUAAUAAAGUACUUUUCCCAACGCUGGACCGACGUCCUCUGGCGGCUGUGGCUGCCUCCCCACCGCAAGAUCGUCGCGCUGACCAUCGACGACGCGCCGUCCGAUUAUACCCUUGACAUCCUAGCCGCGCUGAAAGCGGGCGGGGCGAAAGCGACGUUUUUCGUUAUUGGCGGACAGGUCAGCGGUCGCGAGGAUGUGCUGAGGGAGAUUGUGAGGCAGGGACAUGAGUUGGGGAAUCAUGGGAUGCAUGAUGAGAUGGCUAGGGAGUUGACGGAUGAGGAGCUGGAAAAGCAGAUGAGGGAGGUGGAGGGGAUGAUUAGGGGGGCUUAUGAGGAUGUGGGGAGGGUUUGGCCUGGUGGUUCUGUUGCUGGGUCUGCCUCUCGUAGUAAUGCGGAGGGGACGACAGGGAUGACAGCAGAUGGGACACAUACACCCGAGACGACACAAACAGACACAAGAACAAAAGACCACGGCACAGUCGAAGACAAAGUCAUCGAGGGCAAAUACUUCCGCCCCGGGUCCGGUUUCUUCAGCGAGCGGAUGUUGACGCUGGUCAGAAAGCUGGGGUACAGGCUGGUGUUGGGCAGCAUAUACCCACACGACGCGCAGAUCGGGUAUGCGUGGCUGAAUGCAAGACAUGUACUUAGCAUGUUGAGCCCGGGCGGGAUCAUCAUUUGUCAUGAUCGCAGGAGCUGGACGCCGCCCAUGUUAAGGAAAAUAUUGCCCGAGAUGCAGAGGCGGGGGUAUAAAGCUGUUACUGUGUCGCAGCUUUUGGAGGAGGCGACGGGGUAG